AUGUUACUUACGCCAAAAUCUAUUUUUCAACAUCGUUGUGAAUUUAAUGUUAUUCCUAACAUCGAUCGGAUCGUAUCACUUCGCUUAUCGAAUGUAUUCACUAUUAAUUUCUUUCUCUCAAAAUUUACUAUUGAUGCAUCAUUCGCUUGUCUUGAAUCACUUAUUCUUGACGGCAUUCAUACAGCUCAACUCAUACCAAUUCUUAGUUGUUUAGCAUCCGCUCCUCGACUUUUCCGUUUAACUUUUAGAAUUAUUGAUAUCUUUAAACAACAUAAUGAUGUCUAUCGUCUGAUUUUUCGUUUGCCCGCAUUGAGAUAUGCCAAAAUUGAGUUCAAACAUGAUGUUCAAUCGCGUACAUUAUUGACUGUUGCUAACAAACAUGAACUCUCUAGCCCGAUUGAGCACUUAGUUAUUGCUGGCAUGUGUUAUUUAGAUGAACUGAAUGCUCUUGUGUCAUACACGCCUAGACUUUGCCGUUUGUCAUGUCGUUCAUUAUAUGGUUUUAAGGAUACUGGAACAGUUCUGUUAAAAUUACCAACUACUUUAACACAUAUCUCUGUAGAAAAUUGUGUAUUAUCAUUCGAUGAGUUCGAAUUAUUUAUUUCGAAAGUGAACUCUCAAAAACUAGAAGUAUUACGUAUCUAUAGAGCAGCACAAGAUGUAACGUACUUGAAUGCUCAACGAUGGCAACGAAUUCUUUCGAAUUAUAUACCUAAUUUACAUAAAUUUGAUUUUUUUCAUCGAAAUGUGAUUGAUGAAAAUGAUCUCGAAUAUGCUGCAUAUCAUACAUUAAUUAAUCAAUUUACCUCAUCGUAUUGGAUCAAACGAAAAUGGCACUUUGUUCAUCGACAUUAUUACUUUUGGAAUGCUCAUUCGGCGGACUUCUGUUCAAGUCAAUCUUAUUGGAAAAACAACAACUACGAUUUAUUUGAACAUCAAGACAAUGAAACCUGUCCGAUUCAGUAUACUGGUAAUAAUUUGGCUUGUAGUGUAUCGAUUUUAGGAUCUCAAAAAACAAUUGCAGAUUGUUCACUUCAAUUUCCAUGUGCUACUACAUUAGCACUUACUAUACCAUUUAUUUGUGAUGAUGACCAAUGGACUGAAUCAUUUAUUAAUGAUCUUAAUCGCUGUAUGUAUUUGACAAAACUAACGAAACUCUCUAUUGACUAUGUCAAUCUCACUUUGCCAAUGUUAUUUGAACUUCUUCUUAAUGUGCCUAAUAUUCAUUCACUUUAUCUUUCUCAUAUGCCUCAUUCGCAAGCAACUGAUAUUGAACAUACUUGUUUACUACCAAAAAACAACAAAAUCACAAAAAUUACUAUUUAUCAUGGAUACACACUUGAAUGUAUUAAUGCUUUUAUUAGUCUUUUUCAUCAAUUGGAAAUACUCGAUAUUCGUAUAGGAGUAUAUGACCUCAAUUCAAUCAAACACUUUUUAUCAUUGAAAAAAUCCGAAAAAAAUUGCCGUCUCUUCUCGUUACGUAUUUCUGGUGUACAAUCAGCGAUGGUAGAAGAUUUACAAACUAUGAUCAAUCAAGAAAAAUUAUUUGAUGACUAUUCAUUUGAAAGUGAUUUUGUUCAUAGUUCAGCAGUGUGUUUAUGGUGGUAG